CUACAAUUUACAAAUAAUUUUGCACGGCAAUGCUUAGCUACGGGGUCACGGUGCUCUCAGAUUAAACAUGCAUCAACGUGCUGCGUGAAGUCGCUAAAGGCCGCCAUCAUUUUCGAAGCUUCAACUUGUUACAUAAAGAAUGCAUUAAUGGAGUCCUUGUAGGUCCAAGACUCCAACCACUGUUGACAGUCGACUAUCAUGUGGUUAUCUACUUUAGCAUAUGUGACAUUGGCAACUGCCGCAACGCUGCAACCAAUCACUUCGACAAACAUCGAGGGAAGCGUACGUUCCUCCGAGUCCAACAGAAACAUCAUCGAGGACGGAUGGGGAGCGGUAAAAUCACUAUUUGACAAUCCCGCAAAAAUCACAGACACGAUACACGAAGAAUUUGAUUCUUUGUCUGCUUCAGCGCACGCGUGGUACGAAUCGCAAUUUCCAGACACGGGAGAGUCUUUCUGGGACAAAAUCAUAGAGCUUAGUCCAUAUGUCAAGGAUUAUAGUGACGAGCUUUUUCAUCACGCCAUGGAGCUGUAUCCAUCCGAGAAGCUCGCGGAGUUCAGGGAAUCUAUGGUUAACGUCACUGCCACUGCCACUGUACUGCAUAAAGUCUGUAGUGACGCUGCAGAGGACAGUGGCGUCUCUCUCUACUCCGUAACAGAAGAACUUGAGGACAUCUUCACUGUCCUAUUCGAAGAGCUUAUGGAGAUGUUCCCGCCACCUAACGAGGCUCCUGGUCAUAACAACCGUACAAUCAUGAUCAGCACGGCCCUCGAUCGCAUUGAGCAAAGUUUUUUACAGGUCGCUACCAAGGUCGGAGUCAGCGAAGAAUUGUUGCAAAGUGACUCUAGUUCUCUCAAGCUUGCUGUUCAACAGGUUGCCGUAACCACAGGAGACCUUGUCGAACAGCAUCCCGUCAUCGCCCGUGCCCUCUUGCUCGUUGCGAUUGAUAUUUUAUUACCUGAGAUCGAAAUCAGUGGAUGGCUUCUUCCCCAACUUCUCCGUUUGUUCGGAUUUGGACGGCAAGGACCAAUCAAAGGUGGAAUUGCUGCGUGGGUGCAACGUUGGAUAUUUGGUGCCAACAUCCCAGCGGGUAGCUGGUUCUCGGUACUCCAGCGCCUAGCCAUGAUGAGUACAAAGCUUUAAGUAUCAUUGAAGUUGUUCGGGUUUCAGCAGUCGUUUGUUUCAUGUCAUGGAAAACCCUCGGGAUUAUAUGUUGUAAAUGUGCUCGAGCACCCAUGAAAUUGAACCUAGGAUCCAACCCAGUCAAGCAGUCUAUUUGACCUUCCCUGUUUUUUUUUUCGCAGUUGAUACUGAUAGCGUGGGCGUGUGAAUCGUGUAGGUCCUGGUAGGUCCAUGUGAUUCGGUGAAAAAAGUCAACCGUCAGGCCAUCUAUUCACAAGUCUUAGUACUGCGAUGCGGUUCUCUAUUCUAGCAUUUGUUGCAUUGAUACUGCAACCUGUCGUGUCCAGCAACAUUGAGGAAAGUACUUGUUCUUACGACAAUGAAAGUUUAGAAGUGGCCAACGAGGGAGG